AUGGAUUUGAAGUGUGUGAAUAAUCAAAGGUCUCUUUUGAGGCCUUUUAUGGGCGUAUUGAAUUAUUGUCUGCCUGAGAAAGAUUCAAUCACAAUAUCCGAUGACAAGUUGAUCAAUGUAAUAAAGCGUGAACUAGCUCGUCUAAUUAAUGAUUUGAUGACAUCUUAUCCAUUUGAAUCAAAACGUGUUUCAAGAAUAACUCUGGCUUAUUUCGAGGAUAUAAAGGGUCCUAAUUCAGGUUGUUUUAAUGAUGUAACACAAACAUAUGUUAACAAAUCUGGAACUUACACUAUAAAGAAGAAACCAUCGUGUCAUAAAUUCCAAUGUUCAAAAAAUAUUGGUGUUCAAGUGAUAUUUAACGAAAAGGCAUUUCAGUGUCCUGUUGGUGGUGGUCCACUACAUAUGGAGCAACAAUUGGGAAGUGGAAAUGCUUUGAUCGAUAUACAAUGUCCAAAGUGCACGUCAUUGUGUAAGCAAUCGACGCUUCUAUAUUACCCUGAAUGUUUUUCUCUAACCUGUGAGUCAACAUCUAUUUCAAUUUCCUUUCUGAAGGAUAAAUGUUUCGAACAACGUUAUAGAUUAGACGAAUCUUACUUAUUGGAUAUCAAUUCCGAAGGUCCUGAUGAAAAUGUAGAUAACUCCCGAAACUCUUCAAGUGUACCACAUAGAGGUUAUGAAGAUCCUAAUUUCCAACCUUUUCAAAAAGCAUCACCAGAGUAUGUUUCGCAUCUGGUACAUUCACUAGGUGUUCACCCACCAUUUGAUAGAAAUUUUAAUAAAUGUAAUACAAGAUAUUUUUCUCGUACACACACUUUAGUUUCAAAUGAACUUGCAUUGGCCACUUGUCCGCCAAAUUCACCAUUAAGUUGUUCCCAAUUAUCUAAUUCAACAACUCCCCAAUCGAAUAAUUCUCCAUUGAAUGUUCAGUGUGGUUAA